AAAUGUGCACUCGAUCGACGCCAGCGACUCAGUUAAUCUUUUUUUCCCCCCGGUCUCUUUUCCAUGUGGCGAUCAGGUGGACAAGAUGUUCACGGCUAACGCAAAGAUAAUUAAAAGCGGUGGCGCGGAGCCCGACCAGUUCGAGAUGAACAUCUCGAAUGCUCUCCUGGAACUGGAGAUGAACAGUGAUCUUAAAUCGCACUUGAGGGAACUUUAUAUCACCAAGGCGAAGGAAGUGGAAACAAGCAAUAAGAAGUCGAUCAUUAUAUACGUGCCUAUGCCGAAACUUAAGGCUUUCCAAAAAAUUCAAACGAGAUUGGUACGUGAGCUUGAGAAGAAGUUUUCAGGCAAGCACGUAAUGUUCGUCGGCGAACGUAAAAUCUUACCAAAGCCAACGAGGAAAACACGUACGAAGAAUAAGCAGAAACGUCCUAGAAGCCGAACGUUAACUGCGGUAUAUGACGCUCUGCUGGAGGACAUUGUUUACCCUGUAGAAAUUGUGGGCAAACGAGUUCGUGUAAAGCUUGAUGGUUCGCAAGUUAUCAAAGUUCAUUUGGACAAAAAUGAACAAACAAAUAUUGAGCACAAGGUCGACACCUUCGCUUCAGUAUACAAACAACUGACUGGGCGGGAUGUAAUGUUCGAGUUUCCCGAAUCUUUUGUAUGAUUUAUUAAAUAUUAAAACAUUUGAACCAAUGUA